ACAGAGAGCGAGCAGUAGUGUAGUAGUACUGUGGAGUUCCUCUUUCCAUCAUAUAUAGUAAGAUAGAUGGGGAGGAGUCCUUGUUGUGCCAAGGAGGGGUUAAAUAGAGGAGCAUGGACAGCAAUGGAGAACAAAGUUCUUACAGAUUAUAUAACAACUCAUGGUGAAGGCAAAUGGAGAAACCUUCCCAAAAGAGCAGGGCUUAAGAGAUGUGGAAAGAGUUGCAGACUGCGAUGGUUGAACUAUCUAAGACCUGAUAUCAAGAGAGGAAAUAUCACUCGGGAUGAAGAAGAGCUCAUUAUCCGGCUUCAUAAGCUCUUGGGAAACAGAUGGUCUUUGAUAGCGGGGAGGCUUCCUGGCCGAACAGACAAUGAAAUCAAGAAUUACUGGAACACGAAUUUUGGGAAGAAAGUUCAAGAUCACUCAUCCACUAUUUCUGAAGCCAAUAUUACUCACCACAAACCACCAAAACAUCAAAACCAGCGAAAAAACACGAAUGUCGUUCGAACCAAGGCAUCAAGGUGCACCAAAGUGUUCAUGCCACACCAGUCACAAAUGGAUAAAGAGACUUGUAUUCCUACUGCUCAACAAGGUGCUGCACCUCUCUUGAACCAUGUUCAUUAUGACCAGAUCAACAAGUCUGAUGAUCUAGCACUCAGGAUGAUGGGGACUGGUACUGUUGACCAACAAGCUGAGGAUCUGUCCCCUUUCCUUAAUUUGGAGAUUGAUAAUGAAAACAGUAAUUCUUGCGGGUUUAUGGUGGAUUUUAAGAUGGACGAGAGCUUCCUUUCGGAGUGUCUUAACGUCGAUUUUUCUGAGCUCUACAACAGUAGUACUAGUACCAUUGCUAAUGGAGAAGAUGGUGUUAAAGCUGCUAUUACUACCAGUUGUGGAGACAAUGACCAUCGUGAGCUGCAUGGCCCAAAUUUCCAGUCAUCCAUGGUUCCUAUCAUCGAUUCUGAAUUGGACUGGUUCUCAUGAAUAUAUCGUACUUAAAGCUAAUUGGUAUAUCUAUAUAAUGUAAAUACAUAUCAACUAUCUUAAGGUUAAUUUAACUAGAGUGGCAAAGUUGCCAGACAGCUAGAGAUGUUUAGAUUGUUUCGAUUGAUCGAUCAGUCAUGUAUUAGGCCAUAUGAUGCAAUAAAGAUAUAUAGUCAAUGUGAUCGAUCAAGGGAUGAAGUUAUUUGAAUAAAAAGUCUACUUGAGUAGAUGAUCUAUCGUGAUCGGAGAAUACUCUACG